AUGGCUCUUAUUUCAGGGAAAGCCAUCGUUACAAAAAUUCAGCCAUUUGCGGCCUGGUCUGGACAGUUGAAAAAAGGUGACGACAAUUGCACGAUGUUAGGUAUUGAGGAAUACCCAAACUGGUUUACAGCUCCUCCACCACGUUGGGAUUUCAUAGUUAUUUGCUCUUUGGCUAGCGCUUAUUUGUUCCUGGGUUUGGCAGUUGUGUGUGACGGGUUUUGUGUGCCGGCUGUGGAAAAAUUAAGAACCCAGUGGCAUAUGUCUUAUGACGUAGCGGGCGCCACAUUGAUGGCGGGUGCCACUUCCGCUCCCGAGUUUUUUAUACAUCUUUACGCAACAAUUAUAACAGAGAGUGAUAUGGGCAUAGGCACCAUAGUAGGGUCGGCGGUAUUUAAUGGUUUAGCGAUAACUGGAGUGUGUGGUUUAAUAGCAGGGUCGGGUAUCCAAUUAGAUUGGUGGCCCGUUUCUCGCGAUCUCCUGUGGUAUACAGCUGCGGUUGCUGCAUUAACCAUUUUUAUAUAUGAUGGACGUAUUCAGUGGUGGGAGGCAACGACGUUGAUUGCAUUAUUCCUGGUAAAUACGAUCAGUUUAUUUUUGGAUCGGAAGUUACAAAAAGCUUUUCGGAAACCAAGCCGAGAAUGUAUAUGCCCUUGUUUUAGACCGAAAGGAGAAGUUUUUGAUUUGUUAGACCAUGAGACGGAUGAAGAUGAGGACAAGGAACCACCAUUCGAUUUUUGCCGAUGGCCUGCAGAAGGAGGUUGUUGUAGUGUAUUUCUUUGGAUUUUGUCGUAUCCAUGGGAAUGCGUGCUUUUCCUCACUAUACCAAACUGCAAACGGAGGCUAACUCGUCGAUGUGCUCUAUUCAGUUUCUUCUUUUCGAUUGGCUGGAUUGCCAUUUUAACUUAUUUACUUUCCUGGAUGAUAACCGUAAUUGGCUUUAACAUAUUUGUGCCUGACUCUGUAAUGGGAAUCACAUUUUUAGCAGCAGGUACUAGCAUACCAGAAAUGAUAUCCAGCUACAUCGUUGCGAGAAAAGGUUACGGUUCUAUGGCAGUUUGCAAUGCAAUCGGGUCUAAUUCCGUGGACAUAUUAUUUUGUUUAGCUGUACCUUGGCUUAUAAGAUCACUCAUGAAUUAUCCCAAAGUGAAUUUCGUUUCUUUUAAUUCAAAAGCGUUGUAUCAAUCUACCGCAAUCCUUUUUUUUUUCAUAAUGGUUUUGUAUAUAACGUUUAUGAUUAACCGAUUUCGUCUAAACGUAAGCCUUGGGGUUUUCUGCAUGAGUAUGUUUAUUUGCUACGUUGUGUUCGCGUCGCUCAUUGAAUUGAACAUAUUUUUCGAAGUUAAUUUACCGAAUUGCCCGCUCUCCUAUCAGUAAAUUGUAACUAAGGCGGCGUAAAUUUAUAUGCGGGCACUUUUUAGUCAGUGGUUAAUAAUCAUCUAGAUAUAUACUGGGUUUUUUUGUAACGUGAAAAACUUUUCUAGUUUGGCCUGUCCGGUGGACAUUGCAGUAUUUAAAUCUUUCUUAGAGUUUCUUUUUUGUCUGAUGAGUGAAUGAGAUGUGGAGAAAUGAAGGUUAUGGAUCGGAAAUGAACAAAACGAUAAUAUUUAAUUAUUUACUUCCAAAUCUGUAAUCAAGUCGCAAUUAAAAUUAAGAUGCAGGUUAUUUUGUUAUUAAAAUGAAAUUCUAUGUACAUUAAACACCAUUAAAAUUGAAGUCAGAAAAAUAAUUUAAUACACGUAUUCAUCAAAUGAAGCAAAUUAAAAAGUUGUGGGUGAAAUAAACUCAUAACGGAUUGAAGACCAAAGAAAUAGACAAAAUUGUCAACAUCUCAACUUAACAUCAAAUACUUCAUACGAAAAAUUAAACAGAAAAUCACUGGCGUCGAUAUGCGCGCGUUUAUCAUGUGAAAGUGGCGUGAAUAGCAAGCGAAUCCUUUGAAUUAAGAAAAGAUGUCUACUUACUUUCAGCAUCCUAUGGAAAGUUUAGUACUUUCUGUGCUGCGUAUUUUAUACUAUUAGCUUGUAACUACUAUAGGUGUUCAAAUAAUGUAAUAAUUCAAGUUUGAAGAUUGAAAGAAGCACAUAGUUUCCAUACGAUUUUCCGUUCUCCUUUUAAUUUCACAAAUACACAUCAGAAGUCUCAUAAGUAUCGUCUAUUCUUCUGUGUAUGUCUGUUUGCCUGGCUGUUUUUGCAGAGUUUAUAAAAACAUUUAGCAGUGAAGAGAUACACAGCAACCAUUCUUAAUACUCUAAAAAAAUCAGAAAAAAUUAUAUGCGAUAAAUUUUUAAUGUAUAAAUAAAAAAAUAAACAUCAAUUUUUAUUGUAGCGUUACGAACUAUACUAUGUAAACGUACUGGGUGCUUGGAUGUAUUGUGAUCAUUCAUUCAGUUGGAAAAGGCAUUUAUUGAGAAAAAUUGGUUCAAUCAAAAUAUUUUCAAUCCUUUUCUACAAUUUUCUCCAUCUUUCUGCCAUUAUGGCCAUACCAUGACGAAAGAACGAUUUGAGAUUGGUAGGGGCCCAAUCAUCGGCCUAUUUUCGCUCUUUUCCGGCGCUUCGAAACCACGUGCCAACUAAGCCAUGCUACCUCGAUCUGAACAAGUAGUAUUCAAAAAUGCUAUCUUCGGCGAGCACGCUGGCUGCCGCAGAACUUCCCAUUCAAGCUGCAACGGUGUGUGGUUGACAACUCUUGCAACGUGUGGCCGGGCGUUGUCACGCGAAACUUUGCGUCUAUUAACCGCUAUUGGCGUCAUUUUUGGCAACAAUAUAUCGUCCAAUUUGAUCAAUUGAUCUCGGUAGACAUCUCCAGUAAUAGUUUCAAUCAGUUUUCAGUUUUGUCAACUCCUAUUACACAUACGCAACAAAAUUUUAUGAGCAUAAAUAUUCGAUGUCGAUAUGGAAGGGUCUCCUGAACUAAUUCAUGCCAUUUUCAGUCAAUUUCUAUGGUAAAAAUUUUCGUCUUUUUGAAUUUUUCCCAUAACAUGUAAAUGUCUAGAAGCAGGUGAAUUAUCAGAUGUUAAACUGUUUGAAAGUUUUCGAAGAAUUUGAGCUAGAUUUUCAUUCAAUAAGUCUUGCAAUUCAUUGUCUUCGAACUUUUUUGGUCUUCCAGGGCGUUCUUUACAUUCUUUACGUUUGACAUCAAAAUCAGCAGUUUGGAACCGUUGAAACCAA